AUUUUUUUAUUUAAAGACCAACAGAUACCCACUCAUCUUCACGACAUUGGACGAACGAUUUACCUCUCACCGAGUGUUCGUGGACUCGCGGGAUUCAGGGAGAUGGAGGAAGAAGGAGGUGCGGACAACCCAGCUGUGUGCUAACCAGCAGGGGGUGUGUCUGUAUGAACAUCCUCUUAAGAGUCCGGAGUGGGAGACGACACGCUGGUGCUCUUGCUGCAGCUGCAGUGACGAGGCGAGGGGAGUCAAAAACACGGAGCCUCCACCGUCUGUAAGCCUCUCUGUUGUCAUUAAAGCAUGAUGGCUAAUUGAUUGAUUGACCGAUCCCUGGCCUGCUUCAUCAAAAGAAGAUGCUGUUUCCAAACAGUCAUGGAGAAACAUAGCACUGACUCUGCCUCCAGCUCACCUUUCUAAAGAAAAGAUACAAUUGUACUCUCAGCGUAUGAGGGCUCUUACUGUCUGGCACAGCUGUGUGCUGUCCUAGUCAAACAGGGAAGCGAAGGCGCCCCUGCGGAGGCCGAGCUAUGGGCUGCGGGGGGAGCAGGACCGACGCUCUGGAGCCUCGCUACCUGGAGAGCUGGACCAAAGAGACGGAGUCGACCUGGCUGACGAGCACGGACACCGACAUCCCCCUGUCAUCCAUCCAGAGUAUCCCUUCGGAAAACUCUGAGGCUGGCUUUACGUCUGAGAAAACAAUCAGCCCCGUUCCAGAUUUCUUUGAAGAUGGCCUCCCUCCUCCCGCUCAGGCCUACCUGAAGGUUUGCUCAGCCGUGUCAGAGGCCAGUCUGAACGAUGUGACGCCCAGCAGCCCACCCUCUGCGCUGGCCUCUCCGCAGCAGGACAAGAUGUCGCCUUCAUCAGGCACCACGGUGCAGCGCAGAAGUGUUUUACACACUGAAGAAAUUACAAAGUGGCAGGACAACAGAAUGUCGACCAAGCAAGUGACCAUCACCGUGACCCAGAGCAUCCACCAGGUGGACAAGAACGGGAAAGUCAAGAAAUCGCUUACGACUUAUGAGGUCAUGAAACCAGUGGAGACUCUGAAGCAGGUGACCACAUGAAAAGCCUGAGCGCAAGACCCUGGAAGGAAUCCUGCAAAGAUCUGAUUGUAAAAAGAAAUUGCACGUGAAUCCACUAAACAUGCCUUGUUGGAGAUAUUUUGAUAGUCUGAUGGACACACAAGACUCAAUUCAGAGUUUGAUGAUAAUUGUGCGUGCAGUUUUUAUGCGUUUCACGCAAUCUGACAUCUUAGAAAGACGUGCGUGUAAAGUAUUCAUUUGGACCAUGAAAAUACAGGAGAUUUCAAUGAUUUUACAGUUGCAGAAGAGAAAGGGACGGAAAUCACUUUUGGGAUGUUUCUGAAAAAAUAAAUGUUUAAAAUUGUUUUAGUUCAUGUCGCUGAGCAUUAAGUAAGUGUAAACAUUCCAUGGCCCUCUAUAGGGCACAACGAUGACCCAGCUUACUGCAUCGUGUUGCUUUUCACAUUCGUGUUCACUUUUUAUCUGAUGACUUCUGCUCUUUAAUAAAGUUUUAAAAAGGGGGUUUUAUUACAUAAGAAUAACCGACUUUUGGUUUGUUGUCAUUCAUUUGAUCUUGUACAGUUCCGAUAAAAUGUUUGGAUUUUGAGGUACUCCAAGGCAUGGACAGGUUUGAUCUCUCUCUAGUUUUAUGUUUAGCUGGAUUGUCCUGAUGGCACGUAAACCUCCACUCGUCACAUGUCUUCUGCCGUCACUAACAGGUCUUCUUCCUGCAUUGUCCUGUAUUUAGCCCAUCUAUCAUCCAUCUUCCCAUCAACGCUGAGCAGCUGUCCUGUUCCUGCUGACAGAAAGCAUUUCCCACCACAUUAUUCUGCCUGGACAUUGUUGCACCAUGAGGUGGUGUGUUCAGGGUGUUGUGCAAUGUACCUUUUCUACAAUUCGAUUUUAGUCUCCUCUGACUAGAGCAUCUUCUAUCUUAGUUGUGUCACCUAAGACCUGCAGCAAACUGCAAACAGGAUUUUUUUUUUUUAGCUUUCUUGCCAGACUUGUCCGGUGGAAAUUUCUCCUACCUGAACUGUGUGGGUCUCUGUAGCUCCAUCCCAGUUUUAUCGCCUUCGCCAUCUUUAAAUUGGGAAAUACAAACGUAGUGCACACUAUUCAGGUCUUAAAUGGU